GUUCCCUGAUAGCCCUUGUCGAGGCACGGUUCUCUCUUUUCACGAGCGCCCCGUGCACACGCGUCCAUCCCGAUGGGUUUGCUGAGCGAAGGAAGUCCCCUGUCGUGGGACGAAACGAAGGCGCUGGCGCAGCAUGUCCGCGAGCACGGCAUCGAGCAGUUUAUCAAUCUGUUCGCGCGGCUUAAGGACCGCCAGGGCGAUGUGCUGAAGUGGGGCGACGAGGUUGAGUACAUCAUCGUGCGUUUCGACGACGAGAAACGCCGGGUUCAAGUGUCCCUCCGGGCGCAAGACAUUCUGGCGCAACUGAAUGAAAAAGAGGCUGCCGAUCCCCAAGGUGUGAAAUCGCUGUGGCGCCCGGAAUACGGUGCGUACAUGAUCGAGGGAACGCCUGGCAAACCGUACGGGGGGCUGUUAGCCCACUUCAACGUGGUGGAGGCAAACAUGCGCUACCGGCGCAUGGAGGUGGCCGCCCUACUGCCGGACAACGAGAUGGUCAUGUCGAUCACCAGCUUUCCGCGCCUCGGUUGUCCGGGAUUCACGUUUCCCCUGGCCGUACCGACACCGGACGAUGAGGCGUGUGCAGCGCGUUCCAAUUUUUUCCCUGACGAAGCCAUCUUUCCGGGGCACCCGCGGUUCAAGACGCUCACGCGCAACAUUCGCCAACGGCGCGGUGAGAAGGUGUCAAUCGAUCUACCAAUCUUCCCCGACCGCAAUACGAAAACGCCGGUCGAGGGAAGCAUCCCGGCGAAGCCGAACCACGUGCACAUGGAUGCGAUGGGCUUUGGGAUGGGGUGCUGCUGUCUGCAGCUCACGUUCCAGGCGUGCAACAUUAGCGAAGCGCGCACCCUCUACGAUCAACUGACUCCGAUGUGUCCGAUAAUGCUUGCCCUCACGGCCGCCAGCCCCGUGUACCGAGGGUUUCUGACCGAUGUGGACUGCCGGUGGAACGUGAUAUCGGCUUCGGUCGAUUGCCGAACGGCGGAGGAACGGGGCGAGGUACCGCUGAAGAACGAUCGCUUCCGGAUCUACAAAUCGCGCUACGAUUCCAUCGAUUCGUACCUCUCACCGGCUGGUGAAAAAUACAACGAUGUGCCUUUGGUGUUGGAUGAAGCACUCUACAAGCGGCUCCGCGAGGGCGAUAUUGAUCAUCUGCUGGCGCAGCACAUUGCGCACCUCUUCAUCCGCGAUUCGGUGUCGCUGUUUAGCGAGAAGGUGCACCAGAACGAUCGCGAGGAUACGGAUCACUUCGAGAACAUUCAGUCGACCAACUGGCAAACGAUGCGCUUCAAGCCACCGCCACCCAACUCACCGAUCGGCUGGCGGGUCGAGUUCCGGCCGUGCGAAGCGCAGUUGACCGACUUUGAGAAUGCGGCGAUCGUGUGCUUCGUCGUGCUGCUGACGCGUGUCAUACUCUCGUACCAGCUCGAUUUCCUCAUUCCGAUCAGCAAGGUGGACGAAAAUAUGCAAACCUCGCAGAAACGGGGCGCCGUGCUGACGGAGAAGUUUUGGUUCAAGAAAAACAUUACCGCCCUCGGGGGAACAGCGGCCGCCGCAACGGACGGUAGCAGCGUUCCAGCAGCACCGCAGCCCCAGAAUGGGAUCGACACCGGCGAGGACGAGUAUGAGCUGAUGACGAUCGAUCAGAUCAUCAGCGGAAAGGGCACCUUCCCGGGGCUGGUGCCAUUGAUCAACAGCUACCUCGGCUCGAUGGAUGUGGAUGCCGACACGCACUGCACCAUCCAGCAGUACCUGAAGCUGAUACAGAAGCGUGCCUCCGGCGAGCUAAUGACCACCGCCAGCUGGAUCCGGAAACAGGUCGUCACGCACCCGGAGUACAAAAAUGAUUCCGUCGUCGGUGAAGGCAUUUGCUACGAUUUGCUGCGUAAAGCGAGGGACAUUCAGGACGGUGUGGUCGCCUGCCCGGAACUGCUCGGCAACAAUAUCAGCUCGAAAACCACCGACAGCAUUCCGGUCGCCAUCGAGAAACACCUCACGAAGCAUUGUUAAGGGCCGGCCGGCGGGCAUAUUGGGGGCCAACCCAUUCAUUCAACCUCUCGUACGCACGGAGGUCGUCCUGGCUCGAGUUCCGUGUUGAAGUGAUCGAUCGAUCCGGCAGCAGCCGGCAUGUCGUUCCGGAAAAGGAUGCGGGUAGUACGGGCUGAAGAGCCCACUUAUGAACGACGGGCCGAGGUGGUUUCGUCGUAAAUGCAUUUUUCACUUAGUUGGGCUCAUUUUUGCCCAGUAUUUGUUACAUGUACAUGUUUUCGAUGUCAUUUGUAAGGGAAAGCGGUGUCCGGCAGCCGUGGAAAGUACUUGUUUUCCCUCUGUUUUAGCUAGUUUGUAAUAGGUUUUGCUCGUUAAGUUUGUUGUCCGGAAAAGCUACUGUUCCGAUCGGUUCUUUGGCGUGUUUUGUAUGCGCUUCACAGAAAUGAAUUAUUCAGCAAAAGCGGUAAGUUUUGUUUGUAAAAUUGCGCAGGCCUAAUUGCGAUGUUCCGAUAUUUUUGUUUUACAAGUACAAGUAGUGCACGUUUGAAAGGCGGACCAGGGGCGUGCUCAAGAGCACCGACCGGCACAUUCUUACUGUUGUAUGGCGGCUUACUCGGCUGAUCUUGCUCGCACUCACUUACAAUGGCAUCCGGGAUACGCAACAUGCAAAACCAACCAAUUGUUAUACACAAAUAUAUUCAGAUUUAUAUUAGAGAUCAACGCACGGAUUGCGUUGUAAGGAUGCUUCACUGUUG